GCUUCUGCGACUCCCCGCCGCUUCCGAAGAGGGCGCUACGCGAUUUGCGCAACGUUGUUGUGAAUGGGGGGAAGGCGGGGUGUAUGUAUGUGUGUGCGGUAGUUGGUAGUGGCGGCGGCGGUGGGAGGAGGAUGAUGUCAGCCUGCGAAUGUCAACAAUGUAGCGAUUGAGGGGAGUAGGCGGCGUUCCAUUGGGAAGAGCGCGAGCCGCGGGGAGAGUCCGCGUAACCAGCAGAACGGGGGCAGCAGCAGUAGCAGCAGCCACAAUACGACGCCACCGCCAGGCUGCAAAGAAGCACCGAGCCGCCGCCGCCGCCGCCACCUUGGGCAGACCGUGCCCGAGUGCUUCAGCGGCAGAGUGCAAAUUUUCUUCGGACAACCUCAGCAACAAAAAUAAUCCUCAGCAAGAUUGAGUCUUGUCUUCUUUUUUCUCGCUCCUUCCAAACAUUCGCCUCAUCGACGGCGAGCUAGCGAAAGUUAACGUGGAUAGAAGUCUUGACACCUCUGGAAUCCAAAUUGGACAAACAUUGUGGAAGCUUCAGCCCUAAAAUCUUACAAAAACCAGGUGCUGGUGGCUCUGUGCAUACUCUGCGGUUGUUGCUGUGCAGCUGGAAAUUACGUGGGAGACUGUUGGCUUCCUCUGAGACAGUUACAGGUGGCCAGAUGUGGGUGGGGUGAAAGGAGGAAAAGCUGUGGGAGAGGUACAACACCCACAUCCUUUGGCAUACACUAACUAUACAACUGACUUACCAGUAAGCCCCUUGGACUUCCAGGUACAGUGUGCACAGGAUGAAACCAGUAAGGCUGAAACAGUUGCCCUCAAAAGUCGUGUUUCCUUUCUGGUUCAGCUUGCUGUUCCGAGUAGGUGGUUGACAGAUCUAUGAGCAGAAAAAGAAAAAUAUGCCACUAGAGUACUUCCACAUGUGAAUGCAGAAUCCCCUGUGCAAAUUUGGUGGAUCAGUAGGAUUGAUGACCUAGAGUGUGCCAGGAGUAAGGCCUUGAUAAGAACAAGGUGUUUUUCCUGUGCAAUCAGGAAAGAGUGGCUGGCCCUUCCCUGUCUUCUCCAGAAAAAUGAAACCACUGCAGCGAGAAGUUGUCCCUGCUUAAAUAGACUUAUUUGGUAAUGCACAUGUCUCUGGCCUGUAAACAUCAAUCCCGGAUGCCAGCCAGGCCAUACUUUCAUUCUAAAACUGGUGGUAGUGCUUCAUUCCAUGCCAGGCACUAGAGUGUUGUUGGCUAGGAAAUCUCUGUGUAGCUAAAUUGGGAAUUCCUCUGGUUUACUUCUCCCAAAAUAGCUCAGCAACUCAGCACUCAAGCCUUCUGACUCUUCUUCAAUUCCAACUUUUUGACUGGGAAGAACUUAACCCACAGAGGUUGCAAACAGUGAAGCUGAACUGCCCUGUGCAUCUUUGGGUGUUCAUAUCUUAAUGGAUUGCUGUAACUUAGUAAUAUCUCUGUUCGUCCACUUCCCUGUUUCGUGAGAAUAUCAGCCAGCACAGAUCCUGGGAAAGUUACAUGGUGUGAACGGAAUGUCUGUGGAUGAGAAGACUGAAUCCCCCAUGUAUGUGUAUGAGUCAACAGUCCAUUGUACCAAUAUCCUCCUGUGCCUCAAUGACCAGCGGAAGCAGGAUAUUCUCUGUGAUGUGACUUUGAUUGUGGAGGGCAAAGAGUUCCGAGCCCACCGGGCUGUGCUGGCUGCAUGCAGCGAAUACUUCUUGCAGAUGUUGGUUGGGCAGACCGAAAAUGACCUGGUCGUCAGCCUGCCGGAGGAGGUCACUGCCAGGGGAUUUGGUCCAUUGUUACAGUUUGCCUACACUGCUAAGCUGUUACUCAGCAGAGAAAACAUACAAGAGGUCAUCCACUGUGCAGAAUUCCUGCGCAUGCACAACCUGGAGGAUUCCUGCUUCAGUUUCCUUCAAACACAACUGCUGAACAACGAAGAUGGCCUAUUCCUGUGCAAGAAGGAUACCACCUAUCAACGGAUGCAUGAAGAUGAGAACUCUGAGGGAGAAGAAGAAGAAGAGACUAUGGAGUCGGAGACAUCCAAGAUAUCUUGCCCAAGAGAGAGAACACACCCAGAGCCCUUUAACUUUGACUCUACUAGUUCAGGAGCUGACAAGGAGGAAGGGAUGCUGCCCGACUCGGACAUAGUGAACGACGGCAAGGAUAGUUUGGAUAAGGAAGCAGUAACACGGUACCCCAGAUACAAGAAAUACCAGCUGGCUUGUACCAAGAAUGUCUACAACACAUCACACAUUAGUACCUCAGGUUUCGCAAGCACAUUCAGUGAAGAAAGUUCUGGUGAUGGCCUCAAGCCAGAGCUUGCUGUAGGGCAGAUUAAAAGUGAGCCUAGAAGUGAGGAGAAUGAUGAAGAAAACAUCACGCUUUGCCUCUCUGGAGACGAACCUGACAUCAGGGAUAAAGAAGGGGAUGUUGAAAUGGACCGAAAGCAGCCAAGUCCCAGUGGAGCUGAUGGGCUUAAAAGCAGUUCCUCCCCUUCCUGCCUAAGGUCUUUCUUCAACCGAACAAAAAGCGUAGACUUAGUUGGCUUUCCCAGUACUUCCCAACAGCACUUUGCCAGGAGUCCAGUGUGCCCUUUUGACAAGGGGACAACUCAGGGUGACCACAAAACUGAUUAUGUCCCUAUCCCGGGGAACUAUGGACUCUCCCAAGCCGUUCAGAAGGGUGCUUCCAAUUUUACAGUGGGAUCGCCUCUCAGGGGUCCUGGCUUUGCUGAAGGCCUCUGUAAGCAGGAAGGUGAGGCGGACAGGAGGAGUGUUAUAUUCUCUUCAAACGUUUGUGACCAACUAAACACUUCGGUGCAUUCAUAUUCUGGCGUGAGCAGCUUGGACAAAGAUCUCACCGAGACUGUGCCAAAGGGUCUGUGGGCAGGAAGCAGCCAAUCUCUUCCCAGCUGCCAGACCUAUUCUCACAUUACACAGACAGCUGAUCACUUACCAGGACGGAUGCGGCCCAACACCAGCUGCCCAGUGCCAAUAAAAGUUUGCCCUCGGUCUCCUCCUCUAGAAACCAGAACAAGGACCUCCAGUUCAUGUUCCUCCUACUCUUAUGCGGAGGAUGGCAGUGGUGGUUCUCCCUGCAGCCUCCCUCUGUGUGAGUUUUCAUCUUCCCCCUGUUCCCAAGGAGCUCGAUUCCUGGCCGCUGAGCAUCAGGAGCCGAGCAUGAUGGGAGAUGGAAUGUACAACCAAGUCAGACCCCAGAUAAAAUGUGAGCCCUCCUAUGGAACAAACUCUAGCGAUGAGUCUGGAUCGUUCUCUGAAGCAGACAGUGAGUCAUGUCCUGUGCAAGACAGAGGACAUGAGGUGAAGCUUCCAUUUCCUGUAGAUCAAAUCACAGAUCUUCCAAGGAAUGAUUUCCAGAUGAUGAUUAAGAUGCACAAAUUAACCUCAGAGCAAUUAGAAUUUAUCCAUGAUGUUCGGCGGCGCAGUAAAAAUCGGAUUGCAGCUCAGCGCUGCCGUAAGAGAAAACUGGACUGUAUUCAGAAUUUAGAAUGUGAAAUCCGCAAGUUGGUUUGUGAGAAAGAGAAACUUCUAUCAGAAAGGAACCAGCUGAAAGCAUGCAUGGGAGAGCUGUUGGAUAAUUUCUCCUGUCUUUCCGAAGAAGUGUGUAGAGAUAUGCAGAGCUCCGAACAGAUCCAAGACCUGCACCGAUACUGCCCCAUCCUCAGGCCUAUGGAUCUUCCAACAGCAGCCAGUAUCACCCCUUCACCAGCCGGAGUGGAGCAGAGUGUUGUGACGUCGCAGUGUGUCGGAGAAGGAUUGCAGUGCUGUUCAGAGCAGAGCUCUGCACAGCAGCUCGGAGCUCACUGGCUCCCGAACAACAUUUCGGACAAAUGUGCACCAGCGAGAGUACUGGAUGGAGCUGACCAAGGUCCUUACUCUGAGCAAGAGCUCCCUCUGGAGCAGACUAACCAGACGGUGACGGUGGACUUCUGUCAAGAAAUGACUGAUAAGUGUACGACGGAUGAGCAGCCCAGGAAGGAGUACACCUAGUGUGGUGCACUUUUGCCUCACGCCCGGCACGGCAUUCUGCAGUCAGCAGUGGCCACUUUUGUUCCUUGUUUCGGUUGGAGAGCGUCUCUGGUGCACACUACAGUGGUCUUAGCAGCAAUACUGUUUUUAAGUAUUCCCUCCUCUCUACAAGCAGGAGUUUAUCUUCUUCACUAUGGUGCUAUCCCUUGCUCAGGCAGGGGAACAAAACAGUGGCAACACUGUCUGUUUCUUUUUUAUUAUUGUUAUUGUUGUUACUGUAUUUUAAUUUCAAUAGUCAACAGGGAUGGACAUAACACCUCUGAGGACCCAAACGCAGCUUUUUCUCAGUGGCCCGUGUCACAAAACCCUAACUCAGGAAUUUCCUCUGAAUGUUCAAUUUUUCAUUGAAGACAGCUUCUUUACACAUCAAAGUUUUAUAGCUAAACUGUACAUACUAUAUAUAGUAUAUAUAAAAAUAUAUAUCCAUAUGCAAAAAAAAUCCCUGCAUGCCUCAAUUUUUUCUCAUGAAAGCAACUGGAAAUGUUUAAUUUCUAUUGUAUAAACAGAAUUCCAACAUUCCUUUUUUUGUCAAUGCUAGAAGUAGUUUGUAACUGUUUUAAUAUUUUCCCCUCACCACUUGGUUCACAAUUCAGCAAUAUCAUUUAGUUUGUAUUUUAUUUAUAAAGUUUUAAUGUUGGAAACUUAUUUGAAAUUUUAAUAUGGACAGCGUUUGUGGCACAGCUGUCUAUCCUUGUGUUGGUGCCCGUUUGAGCAAAGUGGGUUUUUCUUUAUUUUUCUCAGAUACUGUACACGAUGGUCAACUUUGCCACUUGCACUGAGUUUUGGAUCAAACCUCUUUUCAUAAAUGAAGUUACAACUUCCAUAGAAUUCAUAUACUGUAUUCUUAGGCUUCCUCAUUUUCUUUAUCCUCUGUUAAGCAAAAUAGAGGUGGAAAAACAACACUCAGGAGAUGAUUAUAUAGGGAAUAAUCUUGCCAAAUAUGGAAUUCACCCAAUAUUGUCAGUUGGGUAUUUUCUGUAUGCCUCUUCCUUUCCCUUUUUUAAUUUUCCCAAAUCAAAUGUAAAUAUAAAGUGGCUGCUUUUUUCUUUUUUCUCUAGGAAUAUUUUCUACUUGUCAAGUAUGUUUCGAUAUUUAAUAAAAUACCUAAAAAAUGUUCAGUGGCCAGUGUAUGUCACUGACGUUGAGGAAAAAUAGCUGAAGGCAAAGGCUGUUUACGUCAGUGUACCCGAUUCUGCUGACUCUUAGUGAAGUUUGAAUUCAGCUUCCCACAGCAGUUCUUACUCUUUCAGGUUGUAGUAGUGUUGCUCAUCCUCACAAUAGACCCGUUGACCUCCAUGUAUAAUUCGAUCAGACACCAUCUUACCCAGGUGGUAGUUACGGUGCUUUACUACACUGGCUUCCUGUUUUCACUGGCCUCAGCACAUGAGAAAUAGUCUGGAUGAGAGAGGAUUCAAGGACUAGGCCUGUAGUAGAAAGAUGAAUAGAGGCUGCUUAGAGCAACUUCGAACGCUACAGCGUAACAAGCAUAUACUUCUGUGGAGAUUUGAUUGCUCACAUGACAAAAAUACCAUGCUGCAAGUUUCCCUCAGGUUAUAGUAUUCUCAUCAGCACAGAUUAGCAUCUUUCUCAGAGGAAAAUUUGUCAGAGGAGUCACUUCAGAAGUACUGAAGCUCCAGUCAAUUCACAGAAUUCCAGAGGACCCGAGUCCCACAGUGAUUGCAAAGCAGCCUUCUUCCAAGUAUGACCUCUGCCCUUCAAAAACACAUGGAAGCAAAUCUUCUGGAGUGGUGGGCACAAUUCACCAGGAAUGUUCCUGCACUGUCCUCACUGGGAUGAAUGGGAUUUGUUCAAGAGAUGUUCUUUUGUGCAACUUCCAUGGAUUUCGGGAAGACAUAUGUAGGAUAUACCUUCCCCAUUGCUGAUGGAUUGUGUCCUUUUGUCUGUAUAUGUGGUGUGUUUUUAAGUGACUUUCUACUUUGACUAUGCCAGGGUGCUUCAAGCUAUAUUUUAUGAUGUCAUCUAUGGUUUACAGAUUGGUACUUUUCACCUGUAUUAUGGAUCAGUUUGUGUCAGGGCACCACAUGGAGCUGAUUCAGGCAAUGUUUUCUGUUAACUAUGACAAUGCUUUCCUCCAUGCUAAUGUUUACACUAAACGGUGUGGCACUUGGUGAAUCAGCAUCGUUUUUCUAUUGGAGGAAUUGGCAUGCCCCCCUUCUCCUUUUUUUUUUUUUUAAUCUGUUUUGUUAUGGGCUUCUGCAGACAGCUUGCCAGUCCUGAUAUUUCUCUUGGCUCCAAAUUCACUGCAGCUCACCUGCCAACCAUACAUUGCAUGUGGCAUAUUUAUAGAAUGGAAACGGAGGUAUGUCCUUAUGUAGGUUGGAUAUAUAUAUGUGUGUAUGUAUAAUUUAAGUAUUAACCAUUUUUGUAAAAUAAAUAUAGAAACUUAUUUCUAACUGUUCACAUAUUUAUAUGCGUCAUAGUGCUAGUUCAAGCUGUAGGGCGAAGUUUCAGCACCAAGGUAGGAAGUCCUCAAUUGGCUUUGAAAGUGUAGCAGUUCCAUUGGAUGGGAAGAAUGCAACCAACCAUUUUGUGUGCCGAACCCAAACUCUGUAAAAGGAUAUGUAGAUAUAAAGAGGGGGGUGUUGUAAUCAGCUGACGUUGCAAAGCCCUUCCAUGCUUCGCAAAGAAAUCAUAAGUUCUGUGAGACAGCAAUGUAAGCUCAAGUUUAAAGCUACAUGUGAACUGUGUUGUAGCUUCAUAGCUAAGUUUUGAAAAUUGAGAUUUUAUUGAUGUUAUUUGUUUGUUGAUGUUCAGUUGACAGUAUUUUCUGUUGCCUUUUUUAUCUUUAAGUGACCUCCCACAGCUAGUUGUGGUGUUUCGUUGGGGUUUUUUUUUUAAAUUACUAUUCAGCCAACCUGAAACUGGCUUUUGACAUGAAGAUUUAAUGUCACACCAACUCAUGUGCAACUGGUACUUUUGACCUCAUUCCUGUGGUUUCAAUGUAAUUGACAGAAUGUGUUGUUCUACAGCUAUUGUAUUGACCUGGCUCUUUCACUGGUGCUGGGCCUCGCUACCCUUUCUUUCUGUUUUCUCUUGGGUUCAUUUUUAGAGAAACUAUUUUAAGGAAAUCCACUGCUCAGAUAAGUUGAUCGUUUCAAGCUUUUUAGGACAUUAUGAGUUUGGCUCUUCACCAUUUAGAAGUGACUGAUUUGUAUAUUUGCUUCCCUUGGACUAUAUAUUGUGCACGGUUCUUCAGAACCACAUGUGGGUCUUGGGUUAACUUCAAGGGAGACAUUUAGGAGAAUUAGCUUCAGAGCUGGACAUAAAUUGUACAUUUCAAUUGCAUUGGGGUAAUAACUAACUGACCAAAAUUCUAUUUUUAAAUAAAAGCCUGCAUUAUUCAGCAAUGCAAAAGAAAAAGAAAGAAGAUACUUCUACCUUUCAUGGAUAUAAAUUCAUAAAGGAAAUGUUUUGUCUCAGUUUGACAUUUUUAUGCUAGAUAUAAGCUGCUUUUGCACGAUACAAGAAGCUUGUAAAGUGCAUACAUUUAGACCUGUCCAGUCUGCAUCUAGUUCUCCUUUUUAUUUGCCUUUGCUAUACUUCGUAUUGCCAGAAAACCUCAUUUCAUUUAGGCUUACUCUGCUUUUGUCAGGUUGAGUGUUACAUUAUAUAAUAUAUUUGCGUUAUCUUUGGGGGUGCCUUGAAUACAACUGAAGUUCAUUGCAACCUGAUUCUGGAACAAAGAACUAGUGCAAAAGGAAAGAUUCAAUCCAGUUACCAAGGCAUCUCAAUUCUUACAUCCUAGGUCCAACAAAUGAUGACUCAGGCGUCAGAGUUUGAUGCUGCAGUAUAAAACCAUUAUUUUAUAUAUUGUACAGGUAAAUUAUUCAAUGUCUUUCUAAGGAUAUAUGCUGCUUUUAAAGAUGCACUAUAAUUUUUUUUGGAUCUAAUCCAUGUAUUUUUGUUCCCCAGGAAGUAAACACACACACACAGCACCAAGAACUAAUUCAUUUCAUACACAGACCACUGUGAUUAGUAUUCAACCGCUAUCUCUUUAAAAGAGAGAGCAGAAGCUAGAUCAACUUAAACAUCUUCAGCUUCUUAUCACAUAAUGGUUACAUUGAACUCAGUGCCACAUUUAUAAUUUUGAAAGCUUCCACAGACAUCUAGAAGUAUAUAUAGGCCGUUUUAAAGAAAAGGAAAUGAUAACUUGUGUCAUUCUGACUGAAGUAGGGAUUGUCAAGUUUUGGCUUUUUUGGACUACAAGUCCUAUUAGCCCUAGUGAGUAUAGCAGGUGUGAGGGAUGAUGGAGGGCCACACAUUUGCCCACACACAUGAACUCCAAAUACUAAGAUAUUCAGCAGUUGUAGCUAUUCUCAUGAGGAAAGUUACAGCUCUGGUGCUUCAGUUUUCUUUGCCUCUCAAAGGAAAGACACUUUUCUGUUGGGUGGAAUAUGCCGUUCUCCUGACAGCUGCAAUGUGUUGGGUUCUUUAAUUCUAAAAGAAAUAAACCUUUGGAGCCUUUAGUAGAAGUGUAAGGUAAUCUCAUUCCAGAACCAUUGGGAUUUUUUUCCUGGUAAACUGUAACCUAUGUAUGCUCAUUUUUUAAAAGUUUUUAAAAAACCACGCCUC